CAGUUGUAGACAGUCAACUGUUGAUAUCUGCGACAGUUACGUCUUCCCGCCAAAAUCAACGUUUGCGUCGAUCUAACCUACAGUGAUUGUAAAGGCCGACUGUCAUAGUAAAUGUUUUGUUAAGAUUUGUUAUUUUUGAAAAGAAAUAAAAGAGCGCAGCAUGAAGGUCGAAGAGUUUAGUCCUGAUUCUCUUCCUGAUCUGCUACCUCUGUAUUACAAGCGACUAUUUCCUUAUGGACCAUUUCAUCGUUGGAUCAGUUAUGGAAAUGUUGAGCCUAAUUACUUCCAAAAUCGAGAAUUUUCGUUCACUCUUGCUGAGGACAUAUACAUUCGCUUCAAAUCCUUCAUUGGGCGAGAGGACAUGGAAAAGGAAAUCCAAAAGCGAUGCCCUUACAAAAUAGAUAUUGGAGCUGUCUAUGCUACGAGACCUCAAGAAAGGCAUAUGACUGCUGUAUUUCAACCUCAAGAGAGAGAGUUGGUCUUUGAUAUUGAUAUGACAGAUUAUGAUGAUGUCAGAUCAUGCUGUAGCGGAGCUGAUAUCUGUAAUAAGUGCUGGAAAUUCAUGGUGCUGGCAUGCAAAAUUCUCGAUGCAGCUCUUAGAGAGGACUUUGGAUAUGAACACUUGUUGUGGGUGUUCUCUGGGCGUCGAGGUGUGCAUUGCUGGGUGUGUGAUGAUAGUGCAAGGAAGCUAGAUGUAUCUGCAAGAUCAACUGUUGCAGAAUACCUUCAGCUUGUCACUGGUGGUGAAAACAAGGCAAAGAAAGUUGUUUUGAAUUCAGAUAAGCUUCAUCAUUCUAUUAGGCGUGCCAAAAAUAUUAUCGAACCGCAGUUUGAAUCAAUGUGUGUUGAGGAUCAGGACAUAUUAGGAACUCCUGAAAAAAUAUCCAAAGUACUUUCUUUAGUGCCAGAUGAUCAAAUGCGACAAGAGAUUGAAAAAGAAAUGUCAAAGCAAAACACACCUUCAAUGAAAUGGGCUGCUCUUACCUCUGUUGUUCAAAGUUGGAUAAAACGAGGACAGUUAAAAAAGUGGCGACAAUUUCUUGUUGAAGAAAUUAUGCUGCAAUACACUUACCCUAGGCUGGAUAUUAAUGUAUCAAAAGGAAUGAAUCACUUGUUAAAAGCCCCUUUUUGCAUUCAUCCAAAGACUGGCAAAGUGUGUAUUCCUUUCAAUCCUCGUGCAGCAGAGAAGUUUAAUCCAAUGACAGUUCCUACUAUCAACCAGCUUAUCCAUGAGAUUGGUCAAUUUGAUAAAGAACAAACUCAAGAGGGAGAUGAAGUUAGCUUGAGAAGAGUAAAAGAUUAUAGAAAAACAAGUUUAAACAAGGGUGUAGUAAUAUUUGAGGAAUUUGUCCGUAAGCUAGAAGAUACAUGGAAAGGAAAGCAAAUCAAAAUUGAAGCAAGUGAUGCAACCCUCAAAUUUUAAGCAGAAUAUAAAUGGUGUUCUACUUUCAGCCCGAUAUUCAUUUUAUAGGAGGAAAAGGAAUGUUGAAAAGAAAUAAAAGAGUAUUUUUUUUUAAAGUCA